AUGUCGCAUGUAGACACUUUUAAUCCCCACACGGCGCUGAAACACCUCGAAGCCAUCACGACCAUCCCACACCCAUUCAACUCACGAGCCAACACUGACAUUACCAAAAAAUACCUCCGCGACCAGUUCCGAGAGCUGCAGGAGGAAGCGAUUGCGCUGGGGCGACGGAACGUCCGAUAUGACGACGGAGCAGGAGACAAUUCGACGUGGGUAAGGCGAUACAAGACCCGACAACAGCGGCGCAUGGAAGAAAAAGGACUGGUCGAGCCUGUUGACGAGAACGAGGUGCUGCUUCCAGAGAUUAUGGAGGUAGUGGAGAGCGACAAUAUGGUGAUGUGGAUUGGGGGUGUUGUACAGUCCAUGGAAGGACAGGUACCCGUGCGUGUUGAGAUUGAUGUCGACCAGGAAAGUCAAACAGCACUCUUGGUGUCUGCUCACUUUGAUUCGGUGUCGACAAGCUAUGGCGCAACAGACGAUGGGGGUGGCGUGGCGGUGGCCUUGGCAUUAAUUCGACACUUUAUCCACCACCCCGUAGAGCAUACGCUCAUCUUCAACAUCAACAAUGCCGAGGAAGACGGUUGCCUCGGCGCCGCAGUCUUCAUGGGCGCCCCUCCCAACAGCACCACAGAGACAGGCCAAGGCCAUCCAUGGAAGAAAUAUGUCAAGGCCUUUAUCAAUCUCGAGGGAGCGGGCUCAGGAGGACCUUCGCUCCUGUUUCGAGCAUCCAACUCGGAUAUCGUUCGCCAGUAUGCUGAUAACGCACCUUUCCCACAUGCAUCCGUGUUUUCCAACGACGUCUUCCAACUCGGACUCAUCGACAGUGACACCGAUUAUACCAUUUAUACCCAACACGACAUACCAGGACUGGACAUUGCCUUUUAUCAGCACCGGUCCAUGUACCAUUCCACCACCGAUUAUUUACCAAUCCAAUCCCUUUAUCACAUGGGAUCUAACGUCCAGGCCACCAUCGUCGGCCUCUGCAACAGCCUCUACCUGGACGAACUAUCUGCCGAGGCUGAUGGCAACAAGAAACUCUCGCCCUUCUCGCCUCGCUACUGGUUCUCAGGAAAGGGCAUCUUUUAUGACAUUCUCGGACAGUACAUGAUCUUAUCAGAGCUCUGGACUGCCCUCCUCGCAAACUUUUUGUUCCUUGGACUAGGCCUUCCUAUGCUUGCUUUUGUCACUAUUUCUGUGGGUCGAGCGAUUCGGAGGCGCCAGAUGAGUCAACAUGUCCCCUCUCGAAGUUCGGAGCAGAGUAUUGCGGCCCCUCGACGUAGCGGAGUCGAUUCGCCUACCUCCUCAUUGCUGGGCGACUCUGAUGAUGGAUACACGACUUUCUCUCCACGGUUGCCUCGCAACCAUGCCCACCAACGAGCCGCCAUCGCACGCCAGUAUUACGACGUUCCAAAGCGCAUUGCAGUACUCAGAACGGUUGCGCUUGUUGUCUUAGUGGUUGCGCUGGACCUCGGAGCAGUCUUUGCCGCCUCAAAAUGGCAGUGGAACAUCAAUCCUUUGGCCCGGCACUCUCAACAAUGGCUCGUCUUGGCAGGAUUCAGCGCCUUGCUUGCCUUUGUGAACACUCUGGCGGUGUCAUUGUUUACACUUGUUGAGUCAUUGUUGUUUGGCCCGCUUCCCAUCGUACGGGGAUUCUCACAGUGGAUCAUCGCACUCGGAAUGUGGUGGUGGUUAGUUGUUCUCGUCGUCGGUACUGGAGUUGCUGGAUGGGCAGGAGCUGGAGCGUUUUACGGAACAACAGUUCUAUCAGUGUGCUCUGCCGGGGCAGCGCUGAUCCAAAUUAUCCUCAACUUUUCGAUCCCGGCAGAUGGCACAGAAGGGGCAGGAGUUGGCUGGAUUGUUGUUCUAGCAACAAGUUUGCUUGUCCCAGGCGUCAUUCUCUCGGACUUAACUGUGCUUGUAGCGCAUAUGACAUCGCAGAGCCUGAUCAGCUCUGAUGGCGGCAUUAUGUAUAUAUUGUAUGGGUUACUGACGAUACCCAUCAUGCUGCCCAUGCUGCCGAUCAUCUCUCGUGGACGAAACUUUAAGACUGCACUGUUGCUCGAGCUCGCUGUCCUCGUCUCCAUUACUUGGUUUCUCUCGCAAGUAGAUCCAUUCACCGACGCCUACCCCGCCAGCCUCCAUUUUUCGCAGUACUACAACCAAACAGCAAACACCUCUUAUGUCGAUCUUCGAGCGAGCGGCGGUACAGGAUUUCUCCAACGCCUCAUCCAGGGUGUUUCCACUCUUCAACACGGCACUUAUGGCGGACUAUUUAACUCGACCUGCACCCCCAUUCCCAUCGAAGGAGAUCUUGACGAAAAGUGUCAGUUUGUACCGAACCGACAGGUCUUUGAGGACGACGGUCGUGAUUCUCCUUUGCGAGUGAACUGGAUCUCCAAGCCGACACUGGGUGCAGAUGGCUGGCGCGAAGGAAAGAUUCAAGUCUUGGCCCUGGAGUCGCGGUUCUGUUCAGUCCGACUUCCCAAGACGACACCAGGGCACGAGACACAGGUUUGGAUGGAGCGCACGGAUGUUCCUCUGUUGGAUGUCAACCAUCGCCCAAAGUCUCUGUAUCUUUACUUGCGGGAGUGGAACCGCCCCUGGACGGUGCAUGUACGUGUGAAGGAGCAUUCUACAGCAGGUUCAGGAAUUCACGAUACAGCAGCAUCUGGCGGUCAGAGUCCUUACAGCGUCCCCUUCCGAGUAUUAUGUGGAUAUGAAGACUGGAGUUCGCACAAGGCCUAUGCAUCGACCUAUAACGAGAUCUCUGCGCAUAUACCCUCCUGGAGCAGGAUGAAGAGCGAGUCUCGGCAAGGACUCUUUAGUGUCGGCGUUGACAUGAUGCUCUAG